AUGGAACGCAGACCCUUUCAAAGGACUCCUUCAUCCAAUAAUCUUCCAUUUCUGAAUGGCUAUCGGUUCACCGACGAGAAACUCGGUAUGGGUGCCUAUUCGGUUGUCCAAAGGGCGUACUCGGAUAAGCUAAGCGAAUACGUUGCAGUGAAAGUUACUGACGAACUAAAAGAACCCGGGGAAUUUGUUAAAAAUUCUGUCCCGAAAGAAGUGACUAUUUUACAAAGGCUUAACCACGAGCACAUCGUUGACAUUUACGAUUACUUUCAGCAAGGUUAUAAGUACUUUACGGUAUUAGCGCUAGCUGAAGCAGGUAACUUAGAUUCCUACAUAAAACGUAAGAUACGAUUGCAGGAAAAAGAGGCUAACAAUCUAUUUCGUCAGAUAUUACGUGCUGUGUACCAUUGCCAUAACACUGCAAAAGUCGCCCACGGUGAUAUAUCUUGUACAAACGUUCUUUUAUAUGAUAACAAUUACAUUAAGUUAUGCGACUUUGGGAUGGCGAUUGAACUUGACAAGUCAGAUCGACUGCUACAUACUAGCUAUAGUGGUACUCACGGGUAUGCAGCACCAGAAAUUCUCGACGGACAGCCAUACGAUCCAAGGUUUGCCGAUAUCUGGGCGUUAGGAGUUUUACUUUUCUACAUGGUAACGGGAAAUUUUCCGUUUAACAUUAGCAAUGGGUUGGAGGGUCUGCGUUCUGAUAUGGAUAAUCCGCCUCGCUGGCCCCGGCCACUAAAUAGAAUAUCUAAACCAUGUAGAGACCUGAUAAAAUCAAUGCUGACAGUAAAUGUCGAACAUAGAAUUCAUCUUUCUGGUAUAUGGGAAAGUGAAUGGAUGACGUCAUAUUAA